UUUAAGGCCCUCCCCUCCUCUCUCCCCCUCUCUAAAAUCCCAAAAAACAUAACCGAGAAAAAUUCUCUCCUUCUCCUCGCAAAAAGAAACCCCAAAAGAAUUUAAAAAAAAUAUAUCCAUUGGAUCAUCUCCAUGUCUCAUUGCAUUAGCCAUCACCACCGUCAAGGACAAAACAAGAAAUGCCGGUGUCAUCAUCCCGUGCAUGCAUGAACAUUACCAGAUUUGUAGCAGCAAAGCCAAUGGAGGGCCUGAGUUCAAUUUUCUUGAUGUUGUUGAUAAUAAAGAAACAAUCUUGAUUCAUAUAGAAAAAAAAGAGGAGGGUUUUUUUUUAAGGUUUUUUUUAUAUAUAAAGUAUGUCUGAAUUGGUAGCACGUACUGGUCGACUUCAACAACGGUACGAGGGCGGUUGUCGACUUGUUGCCGGGUGUAUUCCAUAUAGAUUUAGAGAUUAUUGUGAAGAUGAUAAUGCCGAUUCGGCGAAGGUUGUUGAGCUUCUUAUGAUCAAUUCACCCAGUGGACCAGGUCUCUUGUUUCCAAAGGGGGGAUGGGAGAAUGAUGAGACUGCUGAAGAGGCUGCUGUGAGGGAAGCCAUUGAAGAAGCAGGAGUUCGAGGCGAUCUAAUGGAUUUCAUAGGGUAUUAUGAAUUUAAGAGUAAAACUCACCAAGACGAUUGUUGCCCAGAAGGUUUGUGUAAGGCUGCAAUGUAUGCUUUAUUUGUCAAGGAGGAGCUUGAGCUAUGGCCAGAGCGGAGCACAAGAACAAGAAGUUGGCUGACCAUGUCUGAAGCAGUUGAGAAUUGCAGGCAUAAAUGGAUGGAAGUGGCUUUGAAGGACUUCUCUACCUGGCGUGCAAAGAUGUAGACUGCAGGAAAAUAUCCCACCAAUCAGGAUUAUUUUCUGUAUAAAGAGAAGGUUUUAGUGUCGAGUCAAGGCAAUUUUCUUUCAACUCAUCAGUCACUAACAAUACUGGCAAUUUUCAAGAUUGCAUAGCUUCCUGUUCUUCUAUGUUUUCGAAAUUUCUUCAUUUUACUGAACUCUGAUGUAUUUUGAUUCAGAGAAUUGUCCAAAAUGUUAUAUAUUAUAGUUGUUUUAGAUGUU